UAGCGGAAAAAUCCGCUCCAUCGUGUUUUAAUGAAGUGUUUCCAUCUUCUCACUUAAUAUUUUCAACUGCGCCAAAAGGAAAUACUCAUCUUUUAUUUUUAAGGGGUGGGGUUGGUGUUUUGGAUUUUGUCCGGCCUGAGUGUGUGUGAUGUCUCAAUCUUAUCUUUUAGCGCCGUAAAACAACGGCUGAAAACCAAACAGUGUAUUAGGUACUUUUUUUUAAUCGAUCUACAUUUGAAGCCUUUAAACCGGGCCCAAGCGUUUGUAAUCCAGGUAUCCCAUCAAUCAAACAAAGUGUUUUUAUUGGGAUUUUGAGAGAUAUUUAAAGACACAGCUACAAUGAACUUUUUACUGAAGCACUUGGCCAGUUGGUUCCUGGCCAUCCCAGUGCCAUUUCAAGUUUACUAUUAUGCAUUGUAGGAAUAUAAACAAUGCAGAGGCAAGCUGAUCAAUUGAAGCGCCAUUCAAACACCAAUCCUUCCCUCCGGAUCAGGAAUGUGGAUAUCGCCAGGGGAAGAACUGGAUAUGGAUUCACACUUUCUGGCCAAGCUCCCUGUGUCCUUAGCUGCAUUCUGAAAGGAAGCCCAGCACAUUACGUUGGGCUUCGCUCUGGUGAUCGCAUACUUAAUGUUAAUGACAUUAAUGUCUCUAAAGCCUCUCAUGAAGAUGUUGUAAAAUUGAUAGGACAAUGCACAGGCGUACUACGCCUUGUCAUUGCUGAGGGUAGUAACCACUCUGAUACAGGUUCUAGUGAUGAGGAAGUUUAUUUCAAUGAAGGCAAAGCAGCUUGGAUGAACAGUAAACCAAAGUCAAAAUUACUGGGUCUAAACAGAGCUGAAAAAGUAGUUGCUGAUGUCCAGUCAGGUGGCAUAUUUAAGAUGCUUUUUGACAAUUCCAAUAAUUCUGCCAAAUGUGGGAAGACCUGUAUACAGCAACAAGGACAAAUGACUGAAAAAGCCAAUGGAUUUCCAAGCAGAUCUAGAAGUGCAAAAACAAACCACAAUUCACUUUCUGAGGAAGAAGUUAUGAAGGUGUUGAAUGAUGACUCUGUUUUUGUCAAUGGCCUUGAAAACCAAGAUGGAUUCAUUUUAGAUGCUAGCAUUUUGAAUGUUGGGAUGGUUGUAGGCUACUUGGGUUCCAUUGAAUUGCCUUCAACAAGUUCAAAUCUGGAAAAUGAUAGCUUACAGGCUAUCCGUGGCUGCAUGCGACGUCUGCGUGCUGAGCAGAAGAUUCAUUCCCUUGUCCUAAUGAAGAUAAUGCAUGACUGCAUUAAGUUAUUCAAUGACAAAAAUAUUGUUCUAGCUGUGUAUCCUGCAGAAAAAUUGGCCUUCAGUGCUGUGUGCCCAGAUGAUCGAAGAUUCUUUGGAUUGGUGACCAUGCAAAUGUCUGAUGACCAAAGCCUUGCUAGUGAAAAUGAUGGUGGGCUGAGGACUUCAUGUCAUGUCUUCAUGGUAGAUCCAGAUCUCUGUCAGCAUAAAAUUCACCAGGGUAUUGCUAGGCGAUUUAGUAUUGAAUGCACUCCGGACUAUGGUGGCUGCUUGGAGUUUCCCCCUUCCUCUCAGCCUGUUCUUCAGUUUGUAUCUGUGUUGUACAAGGACAUGGGGGAGUCAUUUGAAAAUGUGCGUGCAAGAGCUUUUCUUGAUGGGGACCUGUCUGAUGGUCAGCAGAACAAUAGUACUGGCAGUAACAGUGAUAGUGGAAUUGGAUGCUAUAGUCAGGAGGAAAAGAAUAACAGAGUUUUAGUUGUUGAUCUGGGUACCAACUCAAACAAACAUGCCCCCCAUGUUGCUUGGGGUAAUGUCCAAGCUAAAGGACAGAUGCAAGGUACUUCUCAAUGGAAUGGAAUGGUUACCAUGGAAGGUAAAUUACAUUCUUCCCGACUUUCAGAUUUGGCACAGGCUGAUUGUACUUUGCAUAACGGUAACAGACAUCUUGGUCCUUCUGCUCGACUUGAUGUUCCAGGAACAUCUCCGUGGUCUGUGUUUACUUCAACUAAGAAAUCCGAUACAGUGAACAGUACUCCUUCUGCAACUCCAAGAUGGCUUCCCCUUCACAUUCGUAAGGACUGGCAGUACUGUAGCAGCAGUGAUCAGGAAUCCUAUGCAGAAUCCACAGAUGGACUGUCCAGUGUGAAUUGUAGUACACUGAAGCAGGAUCUUCCCCCUCCAAUGACCAAGAUUCAGACAGAAAAAUAUCGAGUUGGGAGUGGGUUAGGCCAGCCUUUUCGCAUUGUAGCUCAGAAGAAUGAACUGACAAGUAAAUUGUUUGGAAUUGAAAAAAUGUUUGGGAUACAGCAAAGCAACAAGAAAAGCAAAGACAAAAAGGGCACAAAGUUUUCUGGGAAUUCAGUUGGAUUUCAUCAAGCUUUCCAGCGUUCUUCUGUUCGGCGAUCAUAUGGGAGAUCGAAACGUUUCAGUAUAACCCGCUCGUUGGAUGAUUUAGAGAUAGCGGCGGUCUCCGAUGGAGAGUUGAACAGUGCAGACCUCAAGAAUUACAACAGUGAGAACAGCAUAAACAGUAAUGCAAGUCUUCCCAGUGUCCAGAGCUGCAGAAAACACGUGGAACGACAGGUAGCUAGUUGGGCUGUGUGCUUUGAACGUCUCCUACAAGACUCAGUUGGCAUCAGAUACUUCUCGGAGUUCCUUAAGAAAGAAUUCAGUGAAGAAAAUAUUUUAUUCUGGCAGAACUGUGAGUACUUCAGUCAAAUCCCUCAGAAUGACAAGAAACAGCUGUUGUAUAGAGCUCGGGAAAUCUACAACAACUUUUUAUCCAACAAGGCAAAUACUCCUGUCAAUAUUGAUAGCCAGGCACAGUUGGCCGAUGAUAUCAUUAACGCACCACACCCAGAUAUGUUUAAAGAACAGCAACUGCAGAUUUUUAACUUGAUGAAGUUUGACAGCUACACUCGCUUUCUGAAAUCAACACUGUACCAAGAAUGCAUGUUGGCAGAAGUAGAAGGUCGCUCCUUACCUGAUCCUUGUCAGGUACCAUGCAGUCCUGCAUCAAGGCACAGCACCACUUCAGACCAAUCUACUCCUAAUAAAUCCGGUUCAAGGAUUAAAUCAUCCAGAUUGCUACCCAUUGAGCUUGAAGAUGAUAAUAGCAACAAGAAGAGGGGAACAUUUUUCUCGUGGUCACGGAGGAGCUUAGGAAGAACUCAAAAGAGAAAAGAGAAUGGCGAUUCACAUGCUGACCUGUCGGAAAAUAAUGGACUGUCUCAGUGGCGUUGUGAAUCAUUUGGCUCCAUGUCAUCUUCCACUAGCACAGAGGGGAUGGCUUCCGGCUGUCCAAGAAACAACAAACACGAGAAUGUUUCUACAAAAGAAUCUGUGACAGAGAGAGAAAAGCGUUCAAAACACUGCACCGUGAGUCUGCCGGAUGGUUCCUUGCACACAGUUUCAAUCCAAACCGGUGUUUCUAUUAGAGAACUGUUGACAGAGCUUUGUGAGAGGCUGCAAAUUCAGUUAGCUGCUGUAGAUCUCUUUCUGGUUGGAGGUGACAAGCCUCUUGUACUUGAUCAAGAUUGCAACACAUUGAACUCACGAGAGAUUCGAUUAGAAAAGCGUACACUAUUUCGGCUGGAUCUAGUUCCUAUAAAUAGAUCAGUCGGUUUAAAGGCCAAACCCACCAAACCAGUGACAGAAGUGCUACGGCCAGUGGUGGCAAAAUAUGGCUUGAAUCUCAAUGAACUAGUAGCUAGAAUUGAAUCUCACAAGAAAUUGAGGGAUAUGGGGAGAGUGCGGAAUGGGGAAUCAGAAGCUUUAGAUCUUGGCGUUCCUAUCUCUAAUCUCGAUGGACAGCGUGUUGUUCUGGAUGUUGCAGAGCAUGUUCCUGAAAAAGACAGAGAGAAGACUAUAAGAGGGAAAUCAGAUUCUUCCAACAUUAACACAUACCCUGGUGUGAAGGAGGAAGGAAGACUUGAAGAGAAACCCUUUUCGAUAAGAGGAAAUGGAAAAUAUUCCAAAGAUGUGAGGCUUUCAAAAAAAGAUGUAAUGCAAACGACAAACAGAAAGAGACAGCCAAAGCUAAAUAUGGAUGAAGUAGAAGAGUUUUUUGACCUUCUAUCAAAAGCUCAGAGUAAUAGAGUGAAUGACCAGCGUGGGCUUCUGAACAAAGAAGAUCUUGUACUUCCAGAUUUUCUACGCCUCAAGCCACCUGUACUUGAACCUGGCUCCUCGACACCUGCAGUUAGUAAAGGAAAUGGUAGAAAUAGAGAGGAAAGAAGCCAAACUAUGCAAAGAAGUGUGACGUCCACAGAACAGUUUGAUAAAUUAGAGUAUGUGGACUCUGGAGCAGCUAUCUCAUCAGCACUAAACUUCAAUGAGAAUUCUAACAACAUGAAAGCUAAGUCAACAACUCAACACGAUAACAGUCAUCGGCCUGUGUUAAUGCCACCUGAUUAUGUAGAGCCAGCUACUAAGCAGAAAAAUGAUGCACCUUUCCAUGUGCCAGUAUCUCCUAUUCCUCAUGUCAAUGAACAAAGGUGGGAAAAGCGGUCUGAAGUCCGGCAGUCAGAAACUGUGCCACCUUAUGAGGAUGAAAAUGCAUUUGAUCUGACUCUGGUGGCAGAAGGUGACAUCAGUAGUCCAAACAGUACAUUAUUACCGCCCCCACCAACACCACCGUCCACUAUCAGUAAACUGGAGAUAGCUAACUAUACUCCACCACCUCCCUACACAGAUGGUCAGGAGAACUCUUCACACUGUACAUCCACUUCAGGUUCCAUGAAUGAAAGGGGAAAAGUUGCUUGGAAGAAGCCUGCUUGCUUUGGACAGAAUCCGAACACCCCAACAAGUGUAAACAGGACUGCUCUGGCUGCUGGUGCCAACCACUCCCAUGUAACACUUCCUGUAAACAAGAUUAUUGACAUCGAUGGAGUGAAAUCAGAAAAUACUAGGACGGCAACUGAAGAGUCAGAUGGGAACCUGAGUUUUGAAGGCUACAUUUCUGAACUGAAAGGUUGCCAAGGGAGAAUGCGCACUGGAGUUUAUCGGAUGUCAGAGUUGCCAUCACUGAUAACAGCGAAGAGUGACAAGAGUAAGACGUCAGAGAUACAACAUAAGGCUACUUUUGUCUGAAUGUUGAUCAUGCAUUUUCCUUAAGAAGGGUCACAAAAUGUUGGUUUGAAGUAAUAUUUGGAAAAUUGUGAUUCAAGGCAGUGAUUUAUUGCUAAAAAUGAAAUAAUGUGCACAAUUUAGUUAUCCUCAAUCCUGUAUCUUCUGCAUUAGUCAAGCAACAUUGAACAAAGAUUCACUAACUUUAAAAUCCAAAAUUUGGAGAGGUAAGGGGCAAUGAUGUUAAAUUAAUGGCAUCGAUUCUAGAAUUUUAUUCUAGUUGUUAAGAGAAGUGAAGUGUUAGCAUUUUUUUCAGUAGCAACCUGUUUACAUUAAGCAGUCAGGUUUUUCGAUGGGAUAACAAGAUUACUUCAAGAUCACUGAAGUAAUCUAGCUAAUGCUACUUCUUUUGAAUAUGUUCUGGUGACAUAUCCUCACUAAAGGUAACAGCCUAAGUUACAUAACUGGAAAGAUGAAUGCGGCUAUAGAUAUAUACAUGAUAGCUAGGCAGAUGGACAGGCAGGAGUUAAUUCAUUCCCUUGUGUUGUUAUCCUCUUCCCCGAAGUUGAUUGUCAUGGAUUUGCACAUUCUGUGCUGUUGUUACACAUUCCACAUGGAUCAACUCCAUCCACUCCAUUAUAUCUGUCAGCCAUUUUCACCGCUGCUCUCACCUCCUAUGUUUCUGUCAAUCUUUCCUUCCAAUGGCCCUAAUAAGGGGAAAAGGUGGUGGCAUGAGGGUAAUAUCACAAAACAUGUAUUGCUGUAAUGUUUAUGGGCAUGGUGGCUCAGUGGUUAACACUGCUGCAUCACAGUGCCAGGG